AUGUCUAGCAUCUUUUCCCAGUUGAAAGGGUUCAACAGAGACACUCUAAAGAGUGUAGAAACACGCAUAACCACUGCAGACGGCAAAAAGUUUGUUGAGGGUCAGCGGGACGAGGCAGGGGUAAGAUCAGUGGAGGAGCAAGGGAACAGAGGUCUGGGGUUCUGUCCCGACCUCCAGCCAGAUCUCUCAGUGGGCGUGGCACAGGAGAGGCUGCUGGUUGGCUCUCAAGACGUGGCCCAUCAUCUGGGCACCCUUCGCCACCUGGGAGUCACUCACGUCCUCAAUGUGGCCUGGGGUGUCCCCAAUGCCUUCCCUGAUGUAUUCAACGACCCAGUUCAUGGUAGGAAGAAGGAGCUUGAAAAGGUAUUCAACGACCCAGUUCAUGGUCACAUUGAACUUCAUCCACUGAUGGUAAAGUUCAUUGACACUCCUCAGUUCCAGAGACUUCGCUAUAUCAAGCAACUCGGUGGUGCUUAUUAUGUAUUCCCUGGAGCUUCACACAACCGUUUUGAGCAUUCUAUUGGUGUGGGUUAUCUUGCUGGACAAAUGGUUGAAAGUCUGAAAAGUAAACAACCAGAACUGGGAAUCGAUGAUAAAGAUGUACUGUGCGUCAAAUUGGCCGGCCUUUGUCACGAUCUUGGGCAUGGUCCAUUUUCACAUCUCUUUGAAAAGGCGGUAAAAGGGUUGGGUAUACGUGGUUGGAGGUAAGUUUCUCGUUAGUUUAAUUCGUAUAUUAUAAGCUACUCUAUUGGCAACACAGCAUGAGGAGCAGUCCAUCAAAAUGUUUGAGCAUCUCAUUGCGGAGAAUAACAUAAGAGAAUAUAUGGAAAAAAAGGAGUAUCAUCAGCUAGAAGAAGAGGAUGGUCUAGGAGAAGAGGAUGAGAGGUUCAUAAAGGCAUUGAUUCGAGGGCUUGAAACUGACAAAGUUGCAACUGUCGAAGAGCAUGGAAGAGACCAGUCAAAGAGAUUUCUCUUUGAGAUUGUGGCCAACAAGAGAACUGGAGUAGAUGUUGAUAAAUUUGACUACUUUGCUCGAGAUUGUCACCAUCUUGGUAUACCAAACAGUUUUGACUUCAGGCGAUACAUGAAAUUUGUUCGCGUCAUUGAAGUUCAUGGAGUACUGCAAAUAUGUGCUAGAGACAAGGAAGUGUACAAUGUGUAUGAGAUGUUCCACACUCGCCACAUGCUUCACCUAAGAGCCUGCAAGCACAAAACCUGCAGUAUCGUCGAAGAAAUGAUAAAAGAAGCCUUGAUUAAAGCUAAAGAUCACUUUGUAGUUCCAGGAACAGCAGGGGUGAAAUUAUCUGAAGCAGCUAGUAAUGUAGAAGCAUACACCCUACUUACGGACCAAGUCUUCCAACAAAUAAUGUCGUUUCCUGACCCUGACCCUGACCUUGACCCAGACGGCAAAUUGAAAGAGGCUAAGGCUAUUCUGAAAAGAGUUGAGAAACGACAGCUGUACAAAUUUGUUGGCCAGACACUAAAACACACUGAAGCUGAAGUUAAGAAAAAGUUCUGUAAAAAAAUUCCUUCAGGCCUCACUGAAGAUGACUUCAUUUUCAUGAGUGUUAAAUUUGACUAUGGAAUGGAAGGAGAAAAUCCAAUUGACUGCAUGUACUUUUUCAGAAAAGAUAAACUAACUGAAGCAGAACAAAUUCACAGAGAGCAGGUGUCAAAGAUACUGCCAUCAACAUUUAAGGAUGUACAGAUCCGGGUGUUUUGUAGACAAGGUAACGAUGCCAGUAUCGAAGAAGCUCGGAGUUGGUUUAGGGCUUGCUUUGGUGAUGGGGACACAACCACUGAAGUAGGUUUUUUUAUGGCUGCAAUAUAGCGUAGGACAUUAUUUUGUAUGUGCAUUGGUGUGUGAUGUUAUAAUUUUUUUGUUAGCAGCAACAUCUGGAUACAGGCCCAACUUAAAUAAAGUAAAUGGAAGAAACACAUAGAUUGUAACUUUAGCUACUAGUGUCUAUUAUUAUGCAUCAUGUGUAAAGAAAAUGGAGUAUAUAUAACCUGUUUCUGAAACCUCAUCUCUUUAGAUUGUCCUCUAAAUUGGUGCAUGCAAGUGUACUAUGAAUCAUCUUUGUUAAAUGGCUGAAUGUUAGGUCUGGCUUGAGUCUUUCAGAAGCCAUUUCUCUGGCACUCUGCCUAAGUGUCAUACAACUGGCCAAAGAUUCAGCCCAGGUGGUAGACUUUUUAACAAUGCAU